UUGGACCUGAGUGAGCCUCUGGUCACAGGUCGCUCUCUGGGUCCUGCCCUUCACUCUUCCCUUGGUGGUAGCUACUUGAAGUUGAUGUUUGUGUCCAUGUCUACGGGGAUGGCUUUAGAAGGAGCAUCAUCAGUGCUGCAGCCACAUAUGACCCUGAAGUCUGGUGUCAUCCCAUCUCCUUCUAUGGUCCUGCACCCUCUCCCGCCUGACCCAGUCCCAGUACACCAGCUAUACUGGGAGCCGCCCCCACCACCCUUUGGGAAUGCACCACUUCCUCGGGGUAAGCCCCUGGUGCUUUCCCCUUUCCCCAUGACACCUGUGAUGGCAGGACAUGGUAACUAUGGCAAGCCUGGGGCUGGGCCUUUCAACAUCACGGCCCAAGCCAGGAGAGCAAGGAGGCCAGCAGGGUCCCUGCCCACUCAGAGCACUCUCCUCACUCAGGCCCCAGGCAUGAGGGGUGCCCCGGGGGUCCAGCAUUGGGCUGUGCAGAAUCCUGCUCCCCUGCAGCUGAGAGCUCCCCCCACGACCACCUUCAUGCCUGCCCCAAUUUGGGUGAGCAUCCCAGUUUAUGAAGAGAUGUGGCCCUGGGGCCUCUGUCCCUCAGCCGUACCACCAGUGGCCCCUGCCAUGCCCGGGGUGAACACAGGGCCACCACCACACUGUAACUGCACAGAGUGUGGGCUGGCCGCCUCGCGGGCCGAUGCCUCACCACAUCACACCUGCAAGUCUCCAAGUGUCUAUGAGAACUUCCGGCGCUGGCAGUAUUUGAAGACUCUGCUCCGGGAACACCUUCCCCAAACUCCUGACAUGGAAGCGGUGUCCUGCUUCCUGGUGCCAGUGCUUCGCUCCCUGUCCCGCCGGCAGCCGACCAUGAGUAUGGAGAAGGGCCUGCGAAUAGGUGUUCGGGAAUGGGACCGCACCAGCACCUACGACCGCAUGACAUUCUACGAGGUGGCUAAAGAGUGA